AUGAAUAAAGAAGGUCCUGGUUUCUUAUAUAAAGUAUAUUCUAUUUUAGAGGUAUUUCAUUCUAACUAUUUUGAGCAUUCAGAUUAUGAUGAUAUUGUAAGUUGGAAUGAUAAUGGAGAUGGAUUUCAAGUUAAAGACAUCAAUAUAUUUCAGAAUGACAUACUACCUAAUUACUUUAAGCACUCCAAUUUUGCAUCAUUCGUUCGUCAAGUAAUACUUAUCUUUAAGAAUUAAAGUUAAAUAUCUAUGAUUUUCAUAAAACAGAAAAAAAUUCCUUUAAACACAAAUUAUUUCGAAGAAAUUAAAAGUAAAAUAUUUUAAAGACAAUAAAGAGAAUUGCUUCCAUAAAUUAAAAGAAAAGUUAACGAUUAAAUUAUCAUACUUCCAAACAUUGAAUAAAUUAAUCAGGAAUUAUCAAUGUUAAUUCUUAAAAAUUAAGAGUUAGAGUCUUUGUUUACUUUUAUUAUUCAAUAAAGUGACAAAUUAAAUAAGGAAAAUGCCUUUUUAUGGUAAGAAUUAUGUAUGGUAAAGUAAAACUUAUUCAGAUUUACUUAUCUAGAUAAAAAAACGAUCGUUAAUAAGAAAAACUGUUCGAUUGGCUUACCAACAAUAUAAGUGCAGAGUCUCUGUUUAAAAUUCUAGAAAAAAGUAUUAAAAAAAAAGAUCUCAUUAAAUUGGUUACUAGACUAUUUGGACAAGAUCAAUAAAAUAAAAAAAUCAAAAAAGACUAUAUUAUUUGA